AUGGUUGUUCUUUCGCUUUCAGCUCCCAACCUCUCCACUGCUUUUCUCGCUAAGAAACUGUCUCUCCGGGAACACGCGACGAAGCUUACGGCCUUUCGCACUAGAUGCGCGGUGGACACGCCCUACGGAGGUAAUGUCCAAAAAUUCCCUAGAAUCAAUGUUUGGGAUCCUUACCGUCGACUUGGUAUUAGCCCUGAUGCUUCAGAAGAAGAAAUUUGGGGAUCUAGAAAUUUUCUCUUGCAACAAUAUGCUGGGCAUGAGAGGAGUGAAGAAUCAAUAGAAGCAGCUUUUGAAAAAUUAUUGAUGGCAAGUUUCAUACAGAGGAGGAAAACAAAAAUUAAUUUGAAAAGCAAGUUAAAAAAGAAAGUAGAAGAGUCUCCACCAUGGGUGAAGAACUUGCUAAACUUUGUUGAACUUCCACCGACUGAAAUCAUCCUCAGAAGAUUGUUUCUAUUUGGCUUCAUGUGUGGCUGGAGUAUUAUGAAUUCUGCUGAAACUGGACCUGCGUUUCAGGUAGCAAUAUCUUUGGCUGCUUGCAUAUAUUUUCUUAACGAAAAGACAAAGAGCUUGGCUAGAGCAUUCAUUAUUGGGUUUGGAGCUCUAGUGGCUGGAUGGGUCUCUGGUUCAUUGCUGGUACCCAAUAUUCCAUCUAUGUUGCUGCGCCCAACUUGGACACUUGAACUGUUAACGUCAAUGGUAGUUUACGUAUUUUUGUUCAUUGCUUGUACUUUUCUCAAGUGA